AUGUCCACGUCACGUCCUCAUAUCAACACAAAUGAACCUGAAAGCACUCAGGUGACUGUAUCCAAUCCUACUAGCCCUUCUGCCGACGAGACGAUGCGGAUUCAACCAGCCGCGUCCGAGUUCGUUUUAGCUCUUCAUGAUUUUAUCCCACAGCAGCAAAAUGCCACCUGUUUAUCUUUCCGUGCUGGCCAAGUCAUUCACGUGCUCAACAAGGAUACAAGUGGUUGGUGGGAUGGUGAAUUGGAUGGACAGAGAGGGUGGUUCCCGAGCAACUAUGUCAGUGCUGAUGAGGGUGUGAUUUCUCUGGCCGAGGACUUGCCCCGCACUUACUCUCCUCAGCGGCAGAAAGUGCGGCACGGACAUACAAUGUCGUCAGUGUCGUGGGCCACCACCCCAUCGCGCGGGUCUUCACGAAAAGAUCAUCGACCCUUGGUGACGGAAGCGCUCGGCUCUGACAUAACAUCAUACUGCCCACCUUUGAUGGUGAACUUGCUUCACAGCCUGUCCUUACUCCAGAGCGCCGUCAGAUCCAACCGUAUAGUGCACUUUCAGCCAGCAACGGCGUGCAUCAUAUCUUGUGUUCGCUCCAUCCUCUCCGCCAUGGAAUGCUUACAACGUGAUGCGUCCCUCCUCAGACAGUUCCCUAUCCUUGCUGUGGAACGUAAGAAUAUAUUGUCCGUUCUCGCCGCUCUGGCUUCUCAGGCGAAGAAGGCGUCAGACGAAAGCUACGAUGAGGACAUUCGCGACGCGGAGAUAGAGGGGAUGCUCAAACUUGGCGGCCAAGUGUUCUCUCAGGUACGAAGAUUUCUGGCAGUCGCGGUGCAAUGCGGAGUCGAACUACCAGAGAAGGCGCAAGUCUCCCAGUGCGUGGAGGCUACUCCUAUGGAGACUUCCGAGCCCCUAUCUACCCCUCCAAGAUUUGCCACCCCUCCGAAACCUUCGUCACAGCAGGACGGCGAUAACUUGUUGAAAACAGCCACGCGUACAAAGAGCCUUAGCGACCUCCGAUCGCAGCGGCGGUUUGCGACAUAUCGCGAAUCGGAUUCAUCUGCUGCACCCUUACUUUCUCAUUGGGCUGCUAGGACUCGUUCAAAGAGAGAGCAAUACCAGCUGUACGAACGGACAGCAGGCAGUCGUCAUAAGCCUGGGGUGUCUAUCAGUAGUACUUCCUCGUCGUCAUCCUUCUCAUCCGCCGAGUCUCCGAAGGCGGUUUUAACCUCCCAUUUCCCCACUGGACCGACAACGUCCGCGGAAAUUAUGGAAGCGUUAAAGCGUACCCGUGAUGGAUAUCUCUCUGCGGUCUCUGCGUUUAUUGGUCACGCUUUCUCUCAUUCUCGCUCAUCCCAUGCUUCGAGCACAGGUCAUAUGUACAACCUAGUGCGGGAAAUAGUGGAGACGGCCCGUGGGCUACUCACCAUCGUCGAAGCUGUCGUACGGCACCCGGGCAUCCCUCCUCAUAAAGUAAACAAUCUCCAGUUGUCAAAGGAAGGCCUGUGCAACGUGACGAGCUCCCUUGCGGAAUCAGUGCGACAGCUCUCAAUGCCCUUGCCUCCUGAUGUCACGGAUGAUGCGGAGAGAGACUCUCUGGUUCGGUCCGCUACCGAAGCACACAAGGCUGGUGCUGAUUGCUUCUCUGCGGUGAAGAUGUGCCUCAGUCGCACAUCUAGCCAGCAGCAGUUCAUUAUCGCAUUACCUACCAUGUCGCACUCCGACCCUGCGCCCUAUACGCCGAGCAAAUUCCCUUCACAUCCGGGGACCGCCUCUGCUCUUAGCGGCUUAUGUCAGGGCCCUGUUGAUGAAGAUGUCACCAUUCAUCCUCACACUCAAUCAGUUCGUCCCCCUGAACUUUUGGCACAAGUUCAGGAAACAUCUUCGGAUUCUUCUGAUAUUACCACCCUUUCUAAAUCUUUUGACGGCUCCCAGGACACUGCACUCACGUCCCCUGAUGAGCAAUCCUCGGAGGCAGACUCGGGGACUAAUUUGGGUGCUCUUGCCGAUACAGCCUCAUCGUGUUGCGUACAACUCGUAGACGAUGUCGACGCUUUCCAUCGGCGGACGCCUGACACUUUGGUAGACGACGUUGGAAGCGAUGAGGGUUCAUUAAUCACCCUUGAGGUGAAGCGUAAAUGCCUGGGGCCUGACCUGGAUGUGAUAUACAACAGUGAUGGUCACCUUGUAGCUGCUUCCCUCGGUAUCCUGGUAGAGAAGAUGACACCGCAGGACAGCAUUGUGGAUGCCGCUUUUUCUGCGGUGUUUUUCCUUACUUUCCGUCUGUUCUGUUCCCCCGUCGAACUCGUGCAGGCUAUCAUCGACCGUUACAAUGUCGUUCCACCCUCCAACAUGUCCGAAGAGAAUGUGCUCGUAUGGCAGCGAUACAAGGAAAUGCCAAUCCGCCUUCGGGUGUCGAACUUUGUCAAAACCUGGCUGGAACUAUACUGGCGGUCUGGUGUGGACGAUCCUGCUCUGCCACAUCUUGCUACGUUCACCCGAGAGGUGCUCCAACCUUAUUUCCCUGGGCCGUCCCAGCGUAUUCUUACUCUUAUUGACAUUCGGAAAGACGCAAACUCCGACGUUAUCAGCCCCAAAAGUGAACGAGCUCGUGAUCCAGGCAUGUCCAUCAACCCGCCGACAUUCUCACCUUCGGAAAUUCCCCGUCCUACCAUGACAAAGACGUUGUUGGCCGCUUUGCGUAGCAAACAUUUUGAGUCCGUUUCCGUUACGGAUUUCGAUGCUCUCGAGUUGGCGCGUCAACUAACAAUCAUGGAGUGCGAGUUGUACUGUGCUAUUCAACCGGAGGAAAUUUUGGAGACUGGGCAGGAGGGUGCGAAACCCCCAGUCCACGUCAAAGCUGUAUCCUCUCUGAGCACCGUCAUCACUGGAUGGGUGGCCGAGAACAUUUUGAAUGAGCAUGACCUGAAGAAGCGCACAACUCUUGUUAAAUUUUUUAUCAAGCUUGCUGAUAGGUGCACAAUUUUAAACAACUUCAGCACCCCUCGAUCUAUUCUAGCAGCACUGGAUUCUUCGACGAUCUCCCGCCUACACCAAACCUGGUCGGGUGUUCCGCAAAAGAACAAAGGGCAAUUGGAGUCUCUGAGACGCUUGGCUGACCAUAGCCGUAAUUAUCACGAGUAUCGAAGCAGACUUCGAAACACGGCACCGCCCGCAGUGCCUUUCUUGGGUCUGUACCUCACGGACGUCACUUUCUGCAGGGAAGGCAACCCCUCAUAUCGCGAUGGUCCAUCUGGAAAGAAGCUACUUAACUUCAAUAAGUACCACAAACUGGCGAGGAUAGUGCAAGACAUGCAACGUUUUCAAGUUCCUUACAACCUCAAACAAAUUCCCGAGGUUCAGGACUACCUGAAUGUCGCCUUUGAAAACUCCAAACAUCAUGGCGAUCUCGAAGAUCUUUACAGGAGAAGUCUGCUUGUUGAGCCCAAGCAGCCGGCUGACAUUCCUCCCACCGGCGAUAUGCGGCAUCUUUUCAACUGGGCGACACGUUCGCAGGUGCAACAGCCCACUUCGGCGUAA